UUCUCCAGAUCUGGGAAGCGUUCUAGCUGGGGGCGGCUGGACACCUCUCCCCCCUCCCCCCAGGAGAGGUGCUGGAGAGAGAUGUGGAAUCCCAGCUGACAAGAGAUUUUCACAUAUAGGGGCAUACAGGUUAACUAUUCGGAUUCAAAAGUGAUUCGGCUUGAACUAAAGAAGUCUAAUUUAUGGCCUAUCAAACAUACACUGUACAUCCGCUUUAACCAUUAAAGUAAACAAUGUGGUCUCUCAAGAUAAGAAUGCAUACUUCCCCUCUAUGCCAUAUUAGUAACACCCUAUCGGUAACGCCUGGGUUAUUCCCUUUCCCCGACUUUGAGAUCAUGUUGGCCUGCUGAUUUGCAACUGAAUACCUCUUUGAAACUUGGAUGAAUAUGUAUCCUGGGCGUGUUUAAUGUAUGUUCUUUGUUCUAAAAAGAUCUAAGACUGCACUGAAAACCAUGGUUCUCCAGAAAGCUUUCUUCCUUUCUGGAAAAGUCCUUCCCGGGUUAUAAUUCUCACUCUGGCUCAAGUAAGACUCACCUCUCUCUCUUAUCUAUAGAAUGGUUAUUGGGUAUUUUGCCUUAACACCGCCAAAGGGUCUCCAGGACUCCUGGGGAGAGAGUGGAUCUCCCUUUCCCUCUGUCUCAUAUGAUCACAUGUUAAGUGUCCUUUCUAACCUCCAAGGGCUAUUUGGUGAAAAUGGCCCUCAAAGAGAUAACAAGGACUUGGUUGGGGAUUCAGACAUCAGUGCUGUAGUGGCUUUCUCUGCUGCUACUUGUGAACCAGCAGACAGAUAAGAUUCGUAUGGUAAGAAAGGCUCCUAUAGGCAAAGACUCACUCUCCCCAGCAGCCCUGAAAAGAGGGUGGCCUGGGCAACUCCUCACCUCUUCCUCACAAUGGCCUUGCUUUCCUCCGGACUCAGACCCAGAUGCUCCUCCCACCCUUCCCUUCUUGGAGGCCAACCCCCCUUGUAAUCUGUAUAAUGUCCACACCUCAGGGAUUGACUGGUUGCAGAAACUGGCCUUCCGGCUCUCUCAGAGACCAAGCUGGAGACCCAGGCUCCUUGGGCGGAGUGAGGCCACUAUGGCUCAGGAGAAGUCCCUUGUCCUGUUCCCAUUGCUAGUCCUGGUGCUGCUGGUGCUGGGGGUGGUCCAGCCUUCCCUGGGCAGUGAAUCAGCGGCCAUGAAGUUUGAGCGGCAGCACGUGGACUCUGACGGCACCUCCAGCAGCAGCUCCAACUACUGCAACCAAAUGAUGAUGCGCCGGAAUAUGAUACAGGGAUGGUGCAAGUUGUUGAACACCUUUGUGCACGAGCCCCUGGCCGAUGUCCAGGCCAUCUGCUUCCAGGAAAAUGUCACCUGCAAGAACGGGCAGUCCAACUGCUACCAGAGCAGCUCCAGCAUGCGCAUCACAGAGUGCUGCCUCACGAGCGGCUCCAAGUACCCCAACUGUGCGUACCGGACCAGCCGGAUGGAGAGAUACAUCAUCGUGGCCUGUGAGGGGAACCCGUACGUGCCAGUCCACUUGGACGCUUCUGUGGAAGUCUCCACCUGAGGCCGGGAGCAGAGAGAUGCCCCACCACCUCAUCAUGGUGGCACCUGUCUCUCCCCUCUUCCUUCCUUCCUUGCCCUGGGGAUGCAAGGAAUAACUCAAGAUCCAACACACACACACAAACACACACACACACACUCACACACACACACACACACGCACACUUCCCUGGCCUGAGGCUUCCCCCUACAAGUGGUUUGGAGGGUGAAGGGUGGGUUGUGAGGUAUGUCCCAUGUUAACCACUUCAUUGCUUCUUUCAAUAAAACACAGUUGCAACCACCUGGAUUCCUGAAGCCGUCCCCAUCCAGGUACUGUUUGCAUGAUUGCCUGCCUGCCAGGGCUGAGGACUGUAAAUCUGGUUAGCUUUGGUGAGCAGCAAAGGGAAUCGUUAAGUGCCUUCUCUUCUGGCUCUUGGUUUUUAGUGACCUGAGAUAAUUCCUUUCCUUGUGGGUUCCUUGAUGCCAAAUGUAAAGUUUUUAAGUGUGGGCUAUUUUAGAUAAAAGGGAGCUACAGUCUGGGACACUGUCAUGCUGGGUGAACUGACAGAGGGCGAAGCUAAAUACAAAAGUCUCUGGCACAGAAGGAAGGUCAGUGUGACCUCAGGAAGAUCCUACUCAGCCUCAGGAUGGGGAGGAGGAAUGUAGGAAAGUAGGAUCCUAAAUUUCCAUUUUCCUUGUUUUGAGUGAGUUAUUACUAAAUCAGAAAAAUGGUCAUCUCUUACUUUGAAAGUUGGAACCUUCCAGCUUCAAUUUAGGAGCUGGAAGGCAUUUAGAAAUUAUCAGAUUGAGGGAGAGUAAGUACAUUUCAGCUUGUGUACCAACUCUAAUUGGAAGUACCUGUCUAGAAUGCUGUAGAAAAACUUCUAAACGGUCAUGUGGUUGAAUUGUAGCCUCUACUGAAGGCGUGAGAGAGGUAAGGGUGUGUGUGCCACCCAUUUGCCAUCCCUGACCUAAUGUAACCCCCACCUUUUACAGAGGAGCAACCUGAAUCUCAGAAGGGUUAAGUGACUUGCUCAUGGCUGCUGCUAGUUGGUGGCACAGCUGGGCCUAGACCCCAGGCCUCCUGGCUUCCCAGUCAUUGUUCUUUCUGCUACUAGUGUCUAGUCAAGAAGAAAAUUCCCCAGUCUCUCUCCUUCAUGAAGUGCUGUGGAGUCAAGACUCUCUCUCCCUGAGCUUGCUGGCAGCUCUCUCACAGGUUCCCAAAGUCCUUGGGCUGUGAGUCUGCUCAGUUCUUGACAACCCUUCUUUAUAGCCACUGAAAAGACUAGACUUGGCUUCUGUCAUCACUUCAUCAUUUCAUUUGACCCCCUGUUUGCAGUUGCACCUGGCUCUAGACAAGGUCAUAGAACUAGAGAAGGGUCCUACUUCCAACCAGUUUGACCAGUUCUGUCAUUGUCUUCAUAUACUACACUGAUAAAUGUUGGAAGUGACUGUGUUUUUCUUUUGUAAAGUGAAUCCUCAGCCCUGCGGGCUUCUGUGUGAGAAGGCCUGCAGGUGAGAGGCAGCCAGCUAUCUCUGCAUUUCUAUGGUAAUGGGGAUCUCAUUCCUUCCUAGCAGUGAGGA